UGAAACUUCAGUCGUCUAGACGACUUCCAACAAUUCAGACGACUCAGACGAUUUAUUGAGGCUAUAUUCGUAAAAAUGGCUUCUGUUUUUUUGUUUGGUCAAAAGGGGCUGAGCUGUAAUUUCACUAGACUUUUAGGUUAGUUUUGCAUUUGAUUCAAGUUUGGGUAUAGGUUUGGGAUUAAAAUCAAGUUGUGGGUUAGUUUUGGCAAAAACUCCAAUAAACUAUGUGCAAAUCCCAGCAAAUAUACACCUACGUAUAAAUCAUGCAUCGAAGAUCAAUUCGAAUAUCAUUUCCCGUACAAAAAUGAUACGUUGAUCUGUCUGGCUUAAUAAUUAUACAGAAGAUCUGGUUCACGUCCAUAUUACAUGCCCAUCAUAUGCUUCAUAUCACAUCACGUGCCACCUUGCUUAAACACCGGAAUAAAGUUUGUAUUCAUCUUUCUAAUUUUAUUUUGACACCAAAAGAAAAACUUCCUGAUUGUUGAUUUAGUAUUAGUUAAUUAGAGACUCCAGGGUUUGCAAAUUAUUAUAUGAUGGUCAUGUGAUCUUGAAACAGCCAUGUUUUGCAAGGUAUGAUAGCUUUUUAUUAUUAAGUUAUAAUUAUCUAAAAAACCGUUUUUUCAAAACAAAAAAAAAGUUAUAAUUGUCUACACUACAACCUAACUACAACAUAAUAUUGACGAGAAGUUCUAAAAGAAACUAGAGAGAAAUGAGAUACAUACGUGGUUAUAAGGUCAUUCGCAUUAAGAACAUUUUAAAGAAACAAUUUCACCAAAAAUAAUAAUAAUAAUAAAUCUGGCUCUGAUACCAUAAUAGAUUUUUGGGCUUUCAACUUAAAAUCAAUUGGCAAUUAAUAGAUUGGACCAAGUUCCUUAUAUAUUAUUCAAAUCCCUUUCAUAUAUCCGAUGUAGGAUCUUCUCUCCAAUAGAUUCAUGUGAAAGAUUUUCAUUUUAGAGAUUAUGACAUGACUUUCAAAAUUUUGGAAAUUCGUAUUAAAAUAUUGUUAUAUUUGGUAAGAGAUUUUUUUUUGAUAGACUUCUAAUUAAUACAGAUGCCCUAAAUGAUGGAGAAACCGAACAAACAGAAUCAAGAAUCAGAUGUCACAUGAGUCGAAUAAUCAACUAAAACAAGAACUAAGCUUAUUAAAUUAAAAAAAAAAAAGAAAGAACUACGCUCACCGUUCAAAUCAAAACUAAUAGCUAUGCCGUUUUUCAAAAUAAAAAGAUUUAUUAUUUAUGAUUGGUCAAAUAUAUUUGUUAUAUUAUAGUGCGAUUAUUUCCUCAAUAAUUUAACUGCAAUCAUAAUCCAAUGAUUCCAAUCUGUGUUGUGUAUAUAAUAUACAGCAUACUGCAUAGUUUCACAACUCGCCAAAAAGUUAGCAUCUGUAUUCUCUCAAACCCGAAAGAAUAACAAAACACUUAACUACAAACAUGUUGCGUUUCGUGAUACUCUCUCUAACUCUUGUUGCUCUCAUCAACUCAUCAAACAUCCCUAAAACAGCAGCAACUCCACCCUCCAGAUACCAAAACUACAAAACGUUCGUAAAAACCGCAUGCAACUCAACAACAUAUCCUACAAUGUGCUACAACUCAUUGUCCUCCUACUCCUCCACCAUCAAAGCUGACCCAAUCAAACUCUGCACAACGUCCCUCAACGUCAACCUCAAAUACGCCAAAAACGCCACGUUAGUCGUCUCAAACCUUCUCAAAAAGGCUAAGUCCACCUCCAGCCCUGAGGUCCCGGUCCUCAAGGACUGCGUGGAGGAGAUGAAGGACACUGUCGACGAGCUCAAGCAAGCAAUGGCCGAGUUGAAGAAUCUCAACGGCGGAGGAAUCUCAAAGGAGGAGCAUCUAAAGAACGUGAAGACGUGGGUGAGCGCGGCGUUGACCGACGAUACUACGUGUACGGGCGAGUUCGAGGAAGAGGAAGUGAAUGAGGAGACGAAGAAGAAGGUGGAGAAGGCUGUUUCUGAACUUUCAAAGACUACAAGCAAUACUUUGGCCCUUAUAACCAAUUAUCUACGUUUCUAAAUUAAACGUUAUAUUCAACUUCAUCUCUUUGCAUGUGCAUGUGUACGCUUUCGUUUCCUUUCUAUGUCAUAUAUAUUGAUGUGAGCAUGUGUACGCUUUCGUUUCCUUUCUAUGUCAUAUAUAUUGGACAUCAAUUUAGCAAAUAUAUAUAUAUAUAUAUAUAUUGGACAUCAAAUAAAUUCUAAAUUUUCGCAUUGCAUGUAUAACUUUUCAGAAUUACUUGACAUGUAUUUUUCUUUCCACAAUGUGCAUUUGAAGUACCAAAACUUUUCAAGAAGAUUAUUGUUUUGCUUUAAAAAAAGGAUUAAAAUUUUAUGUGUUAUAUGGCAGUGUCAAAAUAUAUAUUUAAAGUUUUGUGUAACAUCCCAUUUCUUGUAUAUAGUGGUGCAUUUGUUACUUUAUUCGUGUGUUAACAUGGCAUUGUGUGUUCACAUGGCAGGUCUCAGACGUGCUUCAUUCCUACUGGCUACUGUUAAAUUCGUUAUGACAGUCAUAAAAUAAUAACAAACGGUGGACUUUUUAUGCAAUGUCUUCUGAGUGAAAAAAAAGACAAGAAAGAGGCAUCUAUAAGACUAUAAAUACUGGACUAGAAAAGACGAUUGAUAUUUAGAAAUUUCAUAUAAUAUAUAGUACCGAGGCUUGACUAUAUACUUAGUUUAUGGAUCAACAUGUUAGAAGGAUUCCUGUUCCAUAUCCCAUGAUGGACGGUUCCAAUUGGGCCAUUCGCCGUUGACCUUAGGACUUUUGCUAUUAAUUACGAGAAAGGAUCUCGUAGAUACUCCUAAUUAUCAGCAAGCAUGAGUCUAUAAUCUAAACUAAUCGCUCGAUAGGAAUCUGACAUGUUGAUCAACUUGGAGCUACCGGACUCAAACUCCCGACAAAGGAUGCGUUCUUCAUUGCCCCAUAAUACUUCUUUCUAUAGAAAAUCUUUGUCCAAAAACUUUUAUAAAGCUAUUUUGUUAACUUAUGAUUCGAGAUGAUUUAUUUAGGUUUGUUUCGUUUACUUCUUUUUAGGUGAGAUCUAGGCCUGCGAUUUUGGUUUUCCGAAACCGAACCGAACCGUCGGUUUUUGGUUAACCGAAAUUGUGAAGACUAAUUCCGAAAUUAACUGAAUUAAAUGUCGUCGGUUAUUUUGGAAUUUUACUUUUAUUUCCGAAAAAUUAACCGAUAUUUUAUUUUAUGUUAAUUUCUAAAAACAUUAAGAUAUUUCAGUUAAACUUGGUUAUUUUGGUUAAAUUCGGUUAUUUUCAGUUUUUUCGGUUUGUUUUUUUGGUUAUUUUCAAUUAUUUUCGAUUUUUUUAAAAUAUUUUUUUUUAAACGAAAAAACAAACUGAACCGAACCGAAAACCGAAUUAUUUUUAAAAAUUUUACCGAACUCAAAUCUGUAACUAAACCGAAAACCAAAAAUUUUGGUUCAGUUCGGCUGGUUCGGUUCGGACAAAAUCCCUGGUGAGAUCGUUAUUCCAAAAUUUCUUAUCUCUUUCUGAAGACAUUGUUGGGCCAUACGCAUAUGUCCUUCAGGCCUAUAUAUAUAUAUAUAUAUAUAUUUAUAUUUAUAUUUAUAUUUAUAUUAUAUAUUUAUUUGAAUAUUAGAAGGUUCGGGUCAAACCCAUAAUCCUUUUAGGUCCGAGACCACAUUAUGUAAUAUUAGUUUAAUAUCACUAACUCAGAUGAAUGAAUAUCAAAACCUGUGGGUUUGAAAGAGGAUAUUUCAAAAUACUCUUCAUGGCUUACAAAACUAUAUCACUAAUCAAACAUCAAAAUGAAAAGCUUCAAACUAUAUAGACCGUAGAUGAUAUAACAAUGUGGCAAGAGAAACUGAUAUGACUCAGAACCAAACCAAAACACAUUUCUUGAAAACACAAUACAAACCAAAUCCAAAAGUAUAAAAAGCUCAAGUCCUCAUGACCAAACCGUUGCAAUAUAUUCAAUGCUUGGAAGCAUAGACAU